AUGUCAAACCUAGAAUAUCGAGAUCUGCCCGAGCCAUCCAACAGCACGGACAGCGCCUUUACCAGGGAAAUGAUGGACUCAUUACCCAGAAUAGAAACUCCCCCGCCGAGAGAAGCAUCAUUAGAAGCAUACGUAAAACGAGAAGUAGAAAAAGCAAUCAAAGAAACGAGGCUUCUAUAUCAAUCCCAACUCGACGAGGCACUUGAAGAAGUGAGCGUCUUAGAAAGAAGGCUCAAAAAGAAGGCAUUGCCACCUCCGGAAAAGGUGGAAAGAAGUAGAACAGCAUUAGAAAAACCAGAGAAUUUCUCCGGAGAUAAGAAAAAGUACAGGGCCUUUAAAGAAUCCUUACUUCUUCACUUCGAAGACGAUGCCGUUUAUUUUGAGGAUGACAGAAAAAAGAUCAGCUUCGUGCUGUCUUUCAUGAAAGAAGGAGAAGCCGUGGCCUUUCAGACCGAUUGGCUAGAGAAUAGGGUUGAUGCCCAACAGUUAGGGUUCAACAUUACGCACACAUACGGAAGUUGGCCGUACUUUGCCGAUAAAAUGGAACAGAGAUUCAAAGACAGUUUUGAAAAAGAAACUGCAAAGAACGAAAUAUUGACCUUAAAACAAGGCAAUGAAACCGCCCAAGCCUUUUUUGAAAGGUUUGAAGAAAAGAAAAGAUGGGCGGGAUAUACAAACCAAAUGAAUGAAGAGUUCUUAAUCUCCCUAUUAAGGAGAAACAUGAAUAAACCGCUAGUAGACAGGGUGAUCUAUGGUGGACACAUUCCUAAAGAUUACCAGGAAUGGAAGAAAAAACUCAUCAGAAUGGACUACAUUUGGAGAGAAAGAGAAAAAGAGAAGAAAGGUUCCGAAACCGGAAGGAAACCUUAUUCAGAACAAAAGAAAGAAGGAGAAAAGAAGAAAGAUGGAACCGGAUAUACUUAUACCGGUAACGGAGAACAAAUGGAGGUAGAUAAAGCGAAAUUCCGCACUGAGGGACGAUGCUACCGAUGCGGAGAGAAAGGACAUAGAAGCUUUGAGUGCAAAGACGCACAAAAAAAGAAGCCGCAAUUUAAUGUCCGUGAAUUCCUAGAGAAGAUGACGAAAGAGGAAAGAGAAAAACUCCUAGAGGGUUUUUAA